AAAAAAAAGAAACCGGAUACUUACGGUCAUCUAUCUACUGACCUUAGCGGGCGCAGAACACAAACUGGAAUGGAUUACUCGAAUAUGUUCACCGUGGCAUUCUUAAUAGGUGUCCACCUGUGUUUCUUGACCAGUUGGGUGUCAGCAGAAAAUCCAGUGGCACCAAGUCCAAGCACGGAGGACGGAACUCGCGGUCCGGGUUCACCUGGAGAUCUCAACGUGCCGAAUAUUACGAGCACGAGCGCCGCCCUGUCCCGGACGGCCCCUCAGGAUCGCAAUGGACCCAUACACGCCGAUUUCAUCGACAUGGUCCAGGAAAGCACUCGCUUUCCAAGCGGACUGGAGGUUGAUGGAAAGAAAACCAAGGCUGAGUUCACCCGCUUGCGUUUCUUGCCUGACCUGGGCACACCGGACCCCAUCCCUGUCGAAAUUAUACCGGCGAACUGCUGCAUAAUUGAUGUGCUGAUCAGUCGUAAUGGUCACGAGAUUGCGUUCACGACGCUUCCUGGACCACCUUCGCCUCCGACGUCUCUGGCGACAGUCGUAAAGUCGCGCUCCGUAACGGCAUUCUGGGAAGAGCCCGCGAUACUCAAUGGUCCUGAGGGAUCUCUCAAGUACAAAGUCCUCAUAAUGAAGGACGCCCCCUUCGUCAUGCCCACAGCUGAGCUAGAAACGGAAGACACACAUAUCUACUACGACAAGCUUCAGCCGUUCACUCGCUACUUCAUCAGCGUCUCUGCUAUCAUGGUGUACCAGGGACAAGCAUGGGAGAGUGAGAGCAUCACGGAAGUGCUCCAGACAGAUCCUGAAGCACCUUCGCCUCCGUGGGCUCUGACGACAGUCGUAAAGUCACGCUCUGUAAUGGCAUUUUGGGAAGAGCCCGCGAAACUCAAUUGUCCUAAGGGAUCUCUCAAGUACAAAGUCCUCAUAAAGAAGGACGGCCUCUUCUUCGUGCGCACAGUUGAGCUAGAAACGGAAGACACACAUAUCUACUACGACAAGCUUCAGCCGUACACCCGCUACGUCAUCAGCGUCUCUGCUAUCAUGGAGUACCAGGGACAAGCAUGGGAGAGUCGGAGCAUUACGAAAAAGCUCCAGACAGAUCCUGAAGGUGCGUCGUCCGUCAAAGGUCGGCGCAGGUUACUUGGACGGGCCAGUCUGGGCAUAAAAAUCAUAAGGAGACUCAUGCGUUUGCGUUUGGGAUGACUACGUCGAAUAACGCCGAAGAAAGAAGAAGCCAAGAGUAGAAGUAGGACUGGUCUGCUGUCGUUUCAAAAAUAAACUCAAGUGUCGCAGUGA